GGGUGGAGUCCCUGGAUGACAGAAUGGGGUUUGCGAUAACAGUCAGCAGGCUGAUAUUGGCAGAGAGAGAAAUGGAGGGCAGGCGAGGCAACAUCAUAAAACGAUAUUUUUUUAAUACGAUUCUGCCCUCAUUCUCCUCCUCCUCUUUCUGUAGGAUGUCUGCAUGUGGUGCUCACAACCUCGAGUUGCAGAGAAAGAUCCAGCAGCUGGAGGAGACCAACAAUGCUCUGCUGGAGCAGCUAAGCCGGCUACAGGCUCUCCUUCCUAAUGGCCCCGGCAAAACAAGACAGAAAGCAACCUGCAUCCUGGUCUUGCUCCUCUCCUUCUCUCUGCUGAUUUCUUCAAAUCUUCGACCAGACCCUUACAGCCAGCUCAGUCAGGCAGACUAUGCAGAGACCAAAGUGCCGUCCCGCUCCCUGCAGUCGAUGGAUGAUGCCCGAGACAUCCCUCCUCCUCCACCUCCUUCUCUUCCUCUUCCUCUCCUCUGCGUUACCAGGGGCUUUGAAGCCCUGCGCAAUCUGACAGAGAAGAUUAGGCCCUGGACAGAUCUCCCCAAAGCAGACGUCCCCUUCUCUCGCCAUCAAGAUCACAGGCACAAGGACCUUCACUGAUUUAUUCUAACAAGAAAGACGUGGCGCCGGGGUGCGAGUUUGGAUGCGCGUGCAGCCCCCAACAGGGUAGUUUAAAAGCUUCUCUGCAUCUGCUUUUCACUACAGAGGCUGGGUGAGAGGCUGCUCCAGCACAUAAACAUCCAUUUGAAAGGUGUUUCAGGAAUGCACUUUUGCAAAGGCCAGUAAAGAGGUCAUUGACGUGGAUGUAAUCAUUUUUCAUUUUGCUCUGAAUAAAAAGCCUUUAAGCACCUGCUGGAUCAUGUAUGCUGGAUCAUACCUGUGCAGCUGAUGCCUGUUAAAUACAAACACAUUAAAUACACAU